AUGACGCUCGUUGCUGAACGGGGCAUCAAGACUCCCCGCAAGUUAAGAAGAACACACACCAAAUCCCGGCAGGGCUGUGGGAAUUGCAAGCUGCGAAAGGUCAAGUGUGAUGAAGACAAGCCUGAAUGCCAAAGAUGUCGGGCCUACAAUGUCAUCUGUACCUACAACACCACAGAUCCUCUGCUGCAGGCAUCCUACGACGGAGCCCAUGAGGUCGAAGUCCUGCUCGGCAGCCCCGACUUCAGGCCCGACUACGACAAUGCAACCCGAUUGAAUGUCAUCCCAGCCAAUCCGCCUUUUCCCACGCUUCUGAACUGCAAUCAGGGAAGCCAUGUACUCGACAUGUGGAACCUCAGUCUCCUCGACAGGUUCAAAGAAAGGACCAGCACCACUAUAGGCAUGGGCCAGUAUGCAAGGCAUUUCCAGGAUGUCUAUACCUCUCUUGCUCUCACUCACCCGUUCCUCCUGCAUAUCAUGCUCACCCUCACAAUCAUGCACGAUCGUUAUCUGGGAGUAGACAUCGGCUCCAAGCAGUCUCGAGCCAUCGCCUUCCACUGGUCGCAAGGAGCCUCCAUGCUGAACGACAAGCUGACCCACGGGGUGCAGGCGUCCGAAAAGGACGCACUCUGGGCCAGUGCAGUGUUCCUGGCCACCUUAGCGUUCGCCUCAUUCGACGCCACAUCCCCCGAGGAUGCCUGGCCAAUGCGCCCAUCAUCGCCCACCGACCUGGACUGGCUCAAGCUUAUCGAGGGCAAGAAGGAGAUCUGGAAGAUUGCCGAUCCGCACCGCGCCGACAGCAUCUUCUACCCUCAUAUCCCCAAAUUCCAGACCCUCACACAGUUCCUCAGCGCCAGCGACGCCGAUCUCUCCACCCUGCCCCCCGAUCUGCUCACCGUCUGCUCCAUUACCGCCGCUUGCACCUCCUCCACCAACCCCUAUCUGAUCCCGACGGCGACGCUCUCGCAAAUGGCCCGCGUCGAGUGCACUCCCGAGACGUUCGGCGUAUACAUUGGCUUCUUCACGUCGGUAGACCCGGGCUUUAAGCUGUUGCUGGCCCGCAAAGACGUCGCCGCUCUGCUCGUCCUGGCCCACUGGUACGCCAAAGUCUGUCGUCUGAAGCAGUGGUGGCUUUGGCGCCGUGCCAGCUUCGAGUGCCGUGCUAUUUGCAUCUAUCUCUGCCGGUUCCACACUUCUAGGCCACUGGUGCGCAGACUCGUGCAGAACCUCGAGCUCGAGUCCGACCUUUUCGUGAGCAGACCUUGGGUUGGCUCAUGA